UCUGCCUGACCGGAUCAGCAUAGGAAUUGCGGCCGUCGAACUCGUACUCGGCAUGGCGUCACUGACGAAGCGGUGAGAUGUCCAAGUCCCUUCCGGAUCUGCAUGCCUCCACCGCGGCUGAGCGUGCAGAGGACCGGAAGGGGAACUUCUUUAGCCUGCGACGGGUGUCCAAGCUCAAGGAGAUCAACUUGGAGGAGCUUCGUGGCCGCGCGCGCGAGGGCGGGCCCAGCCAGGUGGACCAGGAUGAGCUGGAGCGGGAGGAGAGGAGACGCCGGAAGCUUUACGGGCUCAGCAACAAGGAGAAGGCCUGCUUUACGCGCUUCACCCGGCCCGACAACGAGGCCUUGGCGCGUGCGAAGGAGGCCGAGGCGAAGAGGACGAAUUCCAACCAGGAGGACGAAAGGAGCUCCGACAGCCCGAAGCGGCUGCGCCGGGUGGCCACGGUGCUCUUCUCGCGCCCGGCCACCGACCUGGAGAUCACCGAGGAGGCCGUGGAGCGCAUCCUGCGGGUGCUCUUCCCCUCGAACCCCGCCUCCAUGGCGCGAGUGGGCAGCAGCUAUCGCCGCGCACGAGCACGCGCAGGAAGCAAAGAGCGGGGGAUGCCCAAGACGCUGUCCUUCCAGCUCCCCGUCGUGCAGGAGAAGGCCAAGACCGUGGGCAACUCCCUCAGCGUGCCCGUGCUGAACAUGUCGCGGGAGUCCAGCGACCGCCGCCACGGCCAUCGCGAGCGCUGCGAUUCCAAGGAGAAGAAGGAGCUGCCGUCGCCCCGGGCUGCGCUGGACGCCUCGGUGCGCAAGUUUCAUCCCGGGGUGGAUCCUGCCCAGGUGAAGAAGAUGAGCGACCUCUUGAAGCGGGAGCUGAAUUUCAACUCCGACAAGCAGCAGGAGAGCGGCCCCCGCAGGCAACCUCUCUACGUGACGCCCGAGGUGGCCGGCACUAAGACCAGGGACAAGGAGGUGGUGGGGCAGACCAAGUACGAGUCCUCCAUGGUCAGCGAGGUUUGGGACUCCACGGAGAAGCCCAAAGAGAGCCAAACCCGCGUGUUCACCCGUAUGAAGAAUGCCGCUUUCCUGGUGAGCAAAAUCAACUCCAUGGAGCAGGACGUAAACAAGAAGGAGACCCUGGAGUUCUCGGCCCCGCGCCGGGGUCCGGUGGCGCCUUUGACCGACGAGUGCAACUUCUCGCUCCGGAAGUUCCGGCGGAGGCUUCUGGGCAAGCACACCUGCUUGGCGGACGCCUUUCGAGUGUUGGACCUGAACGUGAACCAGAAGAUCGGGCCACAGGAGUGGGGCGCCAUGUUCCGGGGCUCCGGUCUCGCCACCUUCCGCGAGGCGUGGUGA